CUGCCUAAAUGGCCCCACUACAAGACUUUCCUGGUGUGACCCAAUUUUGUUGUGUCUUCAUGAGUUUUCUGAAAGCCAGUCGCAUGUGUUGCCCAUGCUCCAUCCCGAACGCCACCCCCUCUGAGCUCCACAAUUUUGCAACGCUUCUUCGUCGAACGACGGUGACAAUGACGGGAUCGAUAGGAAUCGAUGCAUUCCUCGUCAUGGUUGCGUGGAUCGUCCAAGCCCAGACUCCACGAAGCAGUUGGACGCUUUCAAGAGAAACCUCCGCGGCAUUCGAAGCCAGAGUAUCUCGCAAGUGAAUGUGAGAGUGAACGGAAUUCCAGCUUAGAACAGUUUGCGCUACUGUUGUUUCAGAGUGGGUGAGAAUGGUAACUUGAGGGUCGGAGUUUUAAGGGUGAUGCGCAAGCUUGCGAGACAGAAACCCCGCACGAGCUUGCAUUAGUCUGGAGAAUUCUUGUGAGCAUGUACUUGACGUAACGCGACGAUAAGAGGUUAGCAACUAGAUGAUUGCUUGCUAAGAGACAGUAUUGCGAUGCAAGGCUUGUUAGCGGGAAGGGCAGGUGUUCUCCGAACCUCCAUCCACUGUCCCCGUCUAGUGGACUCGGAGGUUCGACUGAGAGGUUUUGUUCUGGGCAUUAAUGAGUUUCUCUGGAACGCAGGGAGGUGGUACCGUCAUCACUUUGUAAAAUACUACCAAGGGUAGAGUAUUUUUUCAGUAUUUGAUCACUAGCGGAUUGACUCUGUAUGUCUCUUCCUUGGGGCUUAGAUUUCACUACAGUUUCAACAGCGAAACAAACUCAGGCGGGAUUUAGCGUUUUGAAGAAAGAAAAGCAUUCAUUGCGAGACGACCUUAUUCUAGCUACCUCCCGGCAAAACGAUGCAGGUCACAAGAUUGACCUUGUAGGGGACAGUGCACGUAAUUUUCUGGUGAAGCAGAUUGCGAGAGAUUCCGACACUCUCGUCAGGGCGGAUCUAAAGAAGGAGUGUUCUAGGGCGUAUGGAAAGCCUUCAUUGUUGGUGGAAGCACAUCGUAGUAGUUCGAUGCACAGCCAAUCACGAGUCCAGCUCUGCAAGUGGUGGUUCAACACUAGUGGAUUUAGAUAUUCAAAUGGGAAACCAAGAGUUAACAAGCUAUAUUUUCAUACUUACAAGGACGAGAAAAUAAUGAUUGAAAAGGACGGGGCAGUGGAUGUAGUUCAAUACUUACAACAGCAAGGUGCACAAGUAAAUUCCUCUGAUUACAUGAAAAUGCUCAAAAGGUGUAUAGAGGUUAAAGACUUGGUAGCAGGCAGGCAGGUACAUCAGCAUAUUAUCCAACAUCGCACGGUGCCAGACCAGUAUACAGUCAAUGCACUAAUAAACAUGUACAUACAGUGUGGAAGUAUAGAAGAAGCUCGGCAAGUUUGGAAGAAGCUGAGCUAUAUGGAAAGGACUGUCCAUUCCUGGAAUGCCAUGGUUGUAGGCUAUAUCCAAUAUGGCUACAUUGAGAAGGCUUUAAAACUACUUCGUCAAAUGCAGCAACAUGGCCUUGCACCGGAUAGAACUACUAUCAUGAGCUUCUUAAGUUCUUGCAAAAGCCCAGGCGCCUUGGAGUGGGGCAGAGAAAUUCAUUUCCAAGCCAUGCAAGCUGGACUUCUGUUUGAUGUCAAAGUGGCCAAUUGUAUACUCAAUAUGUAUGCGAAGUGUGGCAGUAUUGAGGAAGCACGGGAAGUUUUUGAUAAGAUGGAAAAAAAGUCUGUUGUUUCCUGGACCAUCACAAUUGGCGGUUAUGCUGAUUGUGGUCGUUCUGAGACUGCUUUUGAAAUCUUCCAGAAAAUGGAGCAAGAAGGCGUGGUUCCAAACCGGAUUACGUACAUAAGUGUACUGAAUGCCUUCUCCAGUCCUGCAGCUUUGAAAUGGGGCAAGGCAGUUCAUUCUCGCAUACUUAAUGCGGGGCACGAAUCUGACACAGCGGUUGGAACUGCUCUGGUGAAGAUGUAUGCCAAAUGUGGGAGCUACAAGGAUUGUCGCCAAGUUUUCGAAAAGUUAGUCAAUCGGGAUCUUAUUGCCUGGAAUACAAUGAUUGGAGGACUUGCAGAAGGUGGUUAUUGGGAAGAGGCUUCUGAAGUGUAUAACCAGAUGCAGCGAGAAGGCGUUAUGCCAAACAAAAUUACAUAUGUGAUUCUCCUAAACGCCUGUGUCAAUUCCGCAGCUCUGCAUUGGGGCAAGGAAAUUCAUUCUCGUGUAGCAAAAGCUGGCUUUACGUCCGAUAUUGGCGUUCAGAAUGCCCUUAUUAGCAUGUAUUCAAGAUGCGGGAGCAUCAAGGAUGCACGACUUGUUUUUGAUAAAAUGGUUAGAAAAGACGUCAUUUCAUGGACUGCAAUGAUUGGGGGGCUUGCUAAGAGCGGAUUUGGUGCAGAAGCCUUGACAGUAUAUCAAGAGAUGCAACAAGCAGGCGUGGAACCCAACAGAGUGACCUAUACGAGCAUCUUGAAUGCCUGUUCCAGUCCAGCGGCUCUGGAGUGGGGCAGGAGGAUCCAUCAACAAGUUGUGGAAGCUGGCCUAGCCACUGAUGCACACGUGGGAAAUACACUUGUGAACAUGUAUUCUAUGUGUGGCAGUGUCAAGGAUGCUCGCCAAGUGUUUGACAGGAUGAUCCAGCGAGAUAUUGUUGCAUACAAUGCUAUGAUUGGUGGAUACGCCGCGCAUAAUCUUGGUAAAGAGGCCUUGAAAUUGUUUGAUAGGUUGCAAGAGGAAGGUCUGAAGCCUGACAAAGUUACCUACAUAAAUAUGCUAAAUGCUUGUGCAAACUCAGGAUCGUUGGAAUGGGCCAGGGAGAUCCACACCCUAGUGCGGAAGGGUGGUUUCUUCUCAGAUACCAGUGUGGGCAACGCCCUUGUUAGUACCUAUGCCAAGUGUGGAAGCUUCAGCGAUGCGUCAAUAGUUUUUGAGAAAAUGACCAAGCGAAAUGUCAUUUCAUGGAAUGCUAUCAUUGGUGGAUCUGCACAGCAUGGAAGAGGACAGGAUGCCCUGCAACUAUUCGAAAGGAUGAAAAUGGAAGGAGUCAAGCCAGACAUCGUGACAUUCGUCAGUCUCCUCUCAGCAUGCAGCCAUGCGGGUCUCUUGGAAGAAGGCCGCCGCUACUUCUGCUCCAUGUCACAAGACUUCGCCAUCAUACCUACAAUCGAGCAUUACGGGUGCAUGGUGGACCUUCUUGGCCGUGCAGGGCAACUAGAUGAAGCAGAAGCGCUAAUCAAGACUAUGCCCUUCCAAGCAAACACUAGAAUCUGGGGUGCUUUGCUUGGUGCCUGCAGGAUCCAUGGAAAUGUACCAGUCGCCGAGCGCGCUGCAGAGAGCAGCCUGAAGCUCGACCUCGACAAUGCUGUAGUGUAUGUGGCUCUCUCCCACAUGUAUGCAGCAGCCGGUAUGUGGGACUCUGCAGCUAAACUUAGAAAAUUGAUGGAGCAGAGGGGUGUAACGAAGGAGCCGGGGCGGAGUUGGAUACAAGUUGGAGACAAGCUUCAUUACUUCGUUGCGGAGGAUAGGUCCCAUCCACAGUCGGAGAAAAUUUAUGCUGAGCUAGACAGAUUAACCCAUGCGAUGAAGAUGAAAGGCUACGUUCCUGACACACGGUCUGUGAUGCAUGAUGUGGACGAGGGAGAGAAGGAAAAUGCUGUUUGCCAUCAUAGUGAGAGGUUGGCCAUUGCCUAUGGGUUGAUCAGCACGCCCCCUGGCACACGAAUUCAUAUCUUCAAGAACCUUCGCGUUUGUCCCGACUGUCAUACUGCAACAAAGUUCAUUAGUAAGAUCGUCGACCGGGAGAUCAUCGCCAGGGAUGUCAAUCGUUUUCAUCAUUUCAAAGAUGGAGUUUGCUCUUGUGGAGACUACUGGUAGGGAUUCAACCCUCUUCAACUGAGAUUCAUUUUUGCACAUGAAGACCAUCAAGGCAUUAUAUUUAUUUAUUAUGGUAUGUACAAUAUAGAUCAUCUUUGAGGUUUAGUUUAAACUACUGGCUGCACAUACUCUCGUAAAAAUGCCUCAGCUCACAGCUCUGCCACCCUCUGCAGUGAGUGAAUUAAACUUACCCACUUUAUUUGCAAUGAGAUUGAGUCUGCUAUUUCUAGCAUACAGGGUAGGCAUGCCCAUUGUAUUCUGAUGAAUUUCACAAGGUGAAUUCCGUCCAGUGAUUACAUUGAUCACAUCUAGGCAGUGUAAACUGUUGAGUUUAUGAACCGAUUCAACAGAUAUGCCCCAAAUAUAAACACAAAUUGGUGCAUGAUGCUCAGUACACGAAUUCAUUUCGUCCGUUGUUAGAGGUGAUCAUUUUGUCCAGUACAUGGAUUUUACUGGUCCUAAGUUUACAAUCUUUCUUCAUGCAUUGUGUGAUUGCAAAGAAAUCAUCAGGUCUU